CUUUACGUGCUUGGCAAACACGCAUGUCACAGCCAACCUUGUAAGGGCUAACCACCCGCACAAGUGUCUUUAUGGUUCCUAAUAUAUUAAGGGAAGCCUCGGACGAGCAUCGCAAUGGUCAGGGGCGAUGCGGGACACUACAGCCUGAUCAACCGAAUGACGAACCGGAUAUGAAUAUGAUUUUGCAACCGCUCCUGAGUGUUUCACCAAGUCAAUUGGUGACCACAAGGGCGGUAUCUCCAGGGCAACGCAUGAAAUGGACCAAAGAAAUGAAUGAGCACAUCAUGCGGAGCUACUAUUUUGUUACCAGAAACGAAACCAACAAAAGCGGAUAUAGGACACGACUGCACGAACUAUUUAAGCAAGCAUACCCUAACAUGAAUGUAUCAGUACAAAGGAUAGGGGAUCAACGGAGUGCAAUAAUUAGAAAUAAGUAUCUAUCAGCCCGAAGACUCAACGAAUUAAAGAAUGAAGUAGAAAACCAGCUAUCUACCGAAAUUGAAAUCGGUAGAACUCAACAAAAUGAUGAUUGUAUGACGCCUGUUAACGAUAUUUAUCAACAUGACGAACACCAAGCGAUAAACGCAUUAACAAAUGUUGACGAAAAUGAAAACUUGACGAUACUAAGAAAUGAAUUCAAUGCUGCAAUGAUAGAGUUCAAUGGUACUGAUCCAUUACUACGCCCAUUUCUUCCCAAACAAAAAGCUACAAAAAGUUUGGCUAUAGCGACUUCUAUUAUGAACAAAGAAAUAUUGCCUACUUUUAUUUUAAAUAAUAAUUACACGUUUGAAGAACUGCAGACUGCAAUAUAUGUGGCUGCAACAGCCGUUAUUCGUUUCACUGGAGGGAAAACUGUUAGCCGUAGAAUACCUCCCAAAAAGAAGUCAGUCGAUCCGCCAUGGAAACACAGACUGGCGUCUCAAAUAAAAGAGCUACGUGCUACAAUUGGUCGGCUAAUACAGUACAUGAACGGAAACCGGACGAAAAAGAUGCGUAACUGGUAUGAAACUUUUAAACUCGAAAAUAAAAAGCACUCCAAACAUGAUCCGUCGAAUGAAACAGCUGAACAAUACCUAGAUACUAUCCGCCAAAAACUAGCUGUUAAGUCAACCCGUUUGCGUAGGUAUACUCUAUCAGAAAAGAGAAGAACACAAAACAUAUCAUUUCAGCGAAAUGAAAGAGGGUUUUAUAGAAACCUUAAACGCAACAAGACUGAAGAUAUAACCGAAGUACCUAGCGCCGAGCAAAUCGAAAGCUUCUGGAAGUCUAUAUGGUCAACCAGCACGAAACAUGCAACCGAUUCAGCGUGGAUCCACGAUGAGUACAAGAGAACGGAAUCUAUAAAAGCUAUGGAAGACGCGACUUUCAGUGAGGCCGAUAUCAAAAAAGCUGUAGAGAGCACUCAAAAUUGGCGGGCUGCAGGGCCAGAUGGUAUUUAUAAUUAUUGGUUAAAAAAGUUUACAUGCACACACAGUAUGGUAGCUCAACACUUUACAAAAUUCCUCAAACAUGAAUCCCAAGUACCGAACUUCUUAAUGAAGGGAUGUACAUAUCUGCUACCAAAGGACCCAAAAGAUACGAAGAACCCUUCUAAGUAUCGCCCCAUCACGUGCCUAUGUACCCUAUAUAAAAUUCUUACAUCUUGUUUAGCCGAAAAAAUAUGUACUCAUCUUGAUACGCACAACAUUCUAGCCAUCGAACAAAAAGGAUGUGUUAAAAACAGCAAAGGCUGCAAAGAGCAGCUGAUAAUUGAUACAGUCAUAAUGGAGCAAGCAUACCAUAAUCAAAGAAAUAUUUAUACAUCUUAUAUCCACUUCAAAAAAGCCUUUGACACUGUUCCGCAUUCUUGGCUUUUGGAGGUUUUAGACAUUUAUAAAAUAUCGCCGAACAUAAAACGUCUUAUGCAGCAACUUAUGAACUCAUGGAAAGUUACUUUAAAACUAUUUCAUAACAACGGACUCAUAAAAACCGCUCCCAUACCUAUUAAAAGAGGUAUUUUCCAAGGAGAUAGCUUGAGUCCGAUAUGGUUUUGUCUGGCGUUAAAUCCACUUUCUUCGAUACUAAAUGCGUCAAACUACGGCUUUAGUUUAAAAGCACCGCGUGUAUCGCAAUAUAGACUUUCACACCUACUGUACGUGGAUGACAUAAAGCUAUAUGCUGCAAAUGAACGUCAAAUGAAUACGCUACUGGAACAAACAGAAGAUUUUUCAAAUGAUAUAAAAAUGUCGUUUGGAGUAGAAAAAUGUCGAAGAUUAAGUGUGGAAAAUGGAAAACUUAUAAGGCGAGAAUUUGAAUUAAUGACUCAUGAAACUGUAGACUCGAUGACAGAAGACGACACAUAUAAAUACCUUGGUAUUUUACAGGCUAGGAGGAUGCAGCACAGUGAAAUAGUUUCAGCCAUAACUAGUGAAUACCUCCAAAGAGUAAAGAGCUUGCUGAAAUCAUGCUUGAAUGGGAAUAACCUUUUUAAAGCCAUUAAUGCAUUUGCGAUACCGGUUUUAACAUACACCUUUGGUGUAGUAAAAUGGUCCGAAACAGAACUGGAAAACGUCAAGAGAGCAACAAGGACAUUGUUGACAAAGUAUGGCACGCAUCACCCAAAAUCGGCAGUAGAACGUCUCUACUUGCCACGUCGACAGGGAGGUCGAGGGAUGGUAGACAUUAAGCAAUUACAUAAUAAGUGUAAACAAAGCCUUCGUUUAUACUUCCACAACCAAGAGAACAGCCUACUCCAAACCGUGUGCAAAGCCGAUUUAAAAUAUUCACCAUUAAAUCUUAGUGAAUUUUCUGCAAUCGAAUUAAUAUCAGGAACGCAACAUAUCCAGUCGCUCAUGCAAGACUGGAAAAUGAAAGCGGUUCAUGGCAGAUAUCCACAUGCUCUAGACGCUCCUGAAGUAGAUAACGCUGCUUCCAACGAAUGGUUAAUUCACUCCGGCAUUUACGCCGAAACUGAAGGUUUUAUGAUCGCUAUACAAGAUCAAGUUAUUGCGACUAGAAACUACUCGAAAUAUAUUAUGCGUGCUUCCGUUGAAAACGACCUAUGCAGACGAUGCCAAAAGCAAACAGAAACCAUCCACCACAUCACAGGAGCUUGUGUCACGUUAGCAGCCACCGAAUACUUAACCAGACAUAACCAGGUGGCAAAAAUUGUACACCAGAGUCUAGCGAUACAACAUAAGCUAGUAACGGAAGAGCUGCCGUACUUUAAAUAUACUCCAGACGCUGUAAUUGAAAACAGAACGAGCAAGCUAUAUUGGGACCGAUCAGUUUUGACGGACCGUCCAAUGCCACACAAUAGGCCGGACAUAAUAGUGGUCGAAAAAGAAGUGAAUCAAGCGUUCCUGAUAGAUAUAGGCGUACCAAAUACUCACAAUCUUCAAGAUUGUUAUAUGGAGAAAUACAGAAAAUACCAGAGCUUAGCAUACGAGAUCAAGGAUUUGUGGAAAUUAGAAAAAGUAGAGGUGAUUCCAGUUAUAAUUUCGACAACAGGAGUUAUUCCAAAAUCAUUGAACACUAGCCUGGAAAAACUCAACAUGGUAGAAAAGCGAAGGGCCAUACAAAAAUCUGUGAUAUUAUCUACAUCAUCGAUAGUGCGUAAAUUUCUGAAUAUAAAUUAG